AUGGAUGGCAAUAUCUGGAGAUAUUCCCCGGACUCAGACCAGGUGUACCGCAGCUGCGAGAUGAACGAGCUUGGCAGCGGGAUCCUGCUGAGUCGGGAUCUACCAGUACCGCUGUUGUAUGCGGACAAUAUUAGGUUCAGAAGCUACUGUUAUGAGAACCACCCAGUGUACAUGGCGUGCAAUUUUGUCGCAUUUCCUGCGCAUUACCUCCCGGUGAUCACGAAGGACUGGGACCCGCAGAAGUUGAAUAAGGACCGGCUUGGUGGGUCGUUUUCCUCCGGGAUCUACGCCGUUCUGAUGUCCUUCAGUGCGAAUUUUGUGAUAACGUUGUGUCUUACCGUGCUGACGUUUAUCAUUACGAGGGAUAGACCUCACGUAUAUGCCUCACGGUCGCUCAAACUGGGCUCUCUGCUCGCGAGCAUCAACCUGACAAUUGCACUGGGGAGAUUGCUGCAGUUAUUGAGCGAUCAGCAUAACAAGCAUGGCGCCGCCGUGUCCAAGGCCAUCAUCAAGUUCUUCUCUCAAGACGCCACCUUCACCACGCUAGAUUUCCUCACAACUUUGACAUUGCAACUCUGUCAGGUAUUCAUCAUUAUGAGAACGUUUGAGAGGAAUCAGGAGAAGAAGCUGAUCCUAUUCUGCGGCGUGUUCCUCAGUUUUGCGACAAAUAUACUGUGGGUUAUCCCGCAGUACAGGACUGUUGCAGGACACUCAAUCACUUGGGAUACACUACCCCCAUUCAUCUAUCUGUUUCGGAUAGCGUUGGCAGCGUCGUAUGCCGUAUUGGUGCUCUCGUACAUUAUCCAGAAGAGAAGACUAUGGUGCAAGACUCUACAGAUGGCCUUUCUCACAUUGUUGACUGUCCUGGCGGUGCUGCUUCUUCCAGGGUUCUUUAUUGCAGAUGUUGCGAAUGUGUGGAUAGCAGAAUUGGGUGAACUGUUCACGACCACCUGUUACGUCGGCUCAACGUUCCUGGUGUGGGAAUGGCUUGAGCGGCUCAACGCCAUAGAGAGAACUGUUCAGGCACAAUCAAUCCUUGGGAGACCCAUCUAUGAGGACGAGCAGCGAGAUUACAUGUUUGCCCAAUACGCUUUGAAAAUCCAGGAUGCGAUUCAGCGAGACGAAGUGGUGUCAAGUGAUGACGACGAGAACUCUCAUCCGCAUUCGAGCUCUCAUGGUGACAUAGAAUUACACGACAUGCUAAGUAGCACUUCCAGAGAAACUAGAUCCUCUAUGGAUAGGAUAAGUGUGAACCAAAUCAACUUCAACGCCAAACAGAGCCAUAAAAACAUCAUGGUGCAGAAGCUCACCAACGCGUUCGAUAGAUUUACCUAUUUCACAGAUCAAGUUGUCUUGAAGAAGCUUGGUACAAGGUCACUGAGCAGCAACUCGAAUACGGAACAAUCGGAGAAUAAACGUGCGAAAAUGGUGAGCAGGAGAAUUGGACUUGAUAAUCCAGACAAGACAUUUGUGUACAAUACAAAAGACGUUGUAUUUGCAUCUGACGAGGAACUCCCAGAGGACAACGAGGUACUCAAGGAAGUGGGAUCACAGGGAACUCACAGGGAUCAUGAAUUAGAAGACGGGUCAGACCUAUCAAUGGUUUAA